CGCAGCCGGAAGGGGUUAGUGGGAAUUUCGUGGAAUGUGUAGAUAGAGCUGGCCUAGUGUAGCUAGUCCACCCUAUUUAGAUUUGUGUAGGUACUAGCCAAAUCAGUGAUCAGCCCGGACGUAGGAAUGGGUUUAUAAGGUCGGCAAAUAGUGGACCAAACAUCGUUUUCUGUGCAUGGACGGAAACCCAAUGCGCAGGGCUACCAGCGCACGCCAAGACAACACCGGAAUGGACAUCACUAGCCGCUGUACCCUGGGAGACCCCAACAAACUUCCGGAGGGGGUUCCCCAGCCUGCGCGGAUGCCCUAUGUGUCCGACAAGCACCCCAGACAGACGCUGGAGGUCAUCAACCUGCUUCGCAAGCACAGGGAGCUCUGCGACGUGGUGCUGGUGGUGGGCGCCAAAAAGAUCUACGCCCACCGGGUCAUUCUGUCGGCCUGCAGCCCCUACUUCAGGGCCAUGUUCACGGGUGAGCUGGCGGAGAGCCGGCAGACGGAGGUGGUGAUCCGGGACAUUGACGAGAGAGCCAUGGAGCUGCUGAUCGACUUCGCAUACACCUCGCAGGUGACUGUGGAGGAAGGGAACGUCCAGACUCUGCUGCCCGCCGCCUGCCUCCUGCAGCUGGCUGAGAUCCAAGAGGCGUGCUGCGAGUUCCUCAAGAGGCAGCUGGACCCGUCCAACUGCCUGGGCAUCAGGGCCUUCGCUGACACGCACUCCUGCAGGGAGCUCCUGAGGAUAGCCGACAAGUUCACCCAGCAUAACUUCCAAGAGGUUAUGGAGAGUGAGGAGUUCAUGUUGCUCCCUGCCAACCAGCUAAUAGACAUCAUCUCCAGUGAUGAACUCAACGUUCGUAGUGAGGAGCAGGUGUUCAAUGCCGUCAUGGCCUGGGUCAAGUACAGCAUCCAGGAGAGACGACCCCAGCUGCCCCAGGUUUUGCAGCAUGUGCGCCUCCCCCUCCUGAGCCCCAAGUUCCUGGUGGGGACUGUGGGGUCGGACCCGCUCAUCAAGAGUGACGAGGAGUGCAGGGACCUGGUGGAUGAAGCCAAGAACUACCUCCUCCUGCCCCAGGAGAGGCCUCUGAUGCAGGGGCCCAGAACCAGGCCGAGGAAGCCCAUCCGCUGUGGAGAGGUGCUGUUUGCAGUUGGGGGCUGGUGUAGCGGUGACGCCAUCUCCAGCGUCGAGCGCUACGACCCCCAGACCAAUGAGUGGCGCAUGGUGGCGUCCAUGAGCAAGCGGCGCUGUGGCGUCGGGGUCAGCGUGCUGGACGACCUGCUGUACGCUGUCGGCGGGCACGAUGGUUCCUCCUACCUCAACAGUGUGGAGAGAUACGACCCCAAGACCAACCAGUGGAGCAGCGACGUGGCUCCAACGAGCACGUGCAGGACCAGUGUGGGCGUGGCCGUCCUGGGGGGCUACCUGUACGCCGUGGGGGGGCAGGACGGCGUCUCCUGUCUCAACAUCGUCGAGAGAUACGACCCGAAGGAGAACAAGUGGACGCGCGUGGCCUCCAUGAGCACCAGGAGGCUGGGGGUGGCUGUGGCCGUGCUGGGGGGCUUCCUGUAUGCUGUGGGGGGCUCUGACGGAACCUCCCCGCUCAACACAGUGGAGAGGUACAACCCCCAGGAGAACCGCUGGCACACGGUGUCCCCCAUGGGCACGCGCAGGAAACACCUGGGCUGUGCCGUGUACCAGGACAUGAUCUACUCUGUGGGCGGCCGCGACGACACCACGGAGCUCAGCAGCGCCGAGCGCUACAACCCCAGGACCAAUCAGUGGUCUCCCGUCGUCGCCAUGACGUCCAGGCGCAGCGGGGUUGGACUGGCGGUGGUAAACGGGCAGUUGAUGGCAGUUGGAGGGUUCGACGGCACAACGUACCUCAAAACGAUAGAGGUCUAUGACCCUGAUGCUAACACGUGGAGGCUCUACGGAGGCAUGAACUACAGGCGACUGGGCGGCGGGGUGGGGGUUAUCAAAAUGACUCAUUGUGAAUCUCACAUCUGGUAACGCAGCUCAAGGAUCACAGCGUCUUUGUCACUCGUGCCUCCUAAAGAGACGUUCUCGUGCUGAGAUGAAGGGAAUGGAGGGCGACGGCUUCUCUCACUCACAGCCAGUCAGUUGGCAUGCCAAGGAAAUGUCUUUCGGUCACUUCACUACCGGUGUACUUUUUACUGUUCUGCCAUUGGUCCAUCGCUGCGCCACCAGUAGAUCACAUGACUGUCCAGGCCAAUCCCCAGAGAAAUCCACCAAUCACGUGUGAAGGAUUUUUUUUUUCUUUGAAUCAUCCCUGAAGCAAAUACUCCACAUCCCCAUUGUUAUAUCUGUGCGACUGAGAUGGCACUGUGCCUCUGCACUUUAGAAUAACAGUCGAGAUUUUAGGUGGCGUCUACUUCUCAUAAACUCUGGCCAUUGACUGGAUGUUUCCAUGCAGAUACUCCAUAGGGCUUGAAGACAGCCUCUCCAGGUGCACUAAGCCGAUGGGGUCACUCUACUUGUGCUGGUCUUCAUAAGUAGGUCAUGUGGGGAACUUGUUUGAAUCUCCUCUAAAUUUAAUGCACUGUGAUAUUCUUUUUUUUUUUUUUUUUUUUUUUGUGUUGCUGUUUUUAGAGUGUGACACUGAGCAUUAUCUGGGGCCCUGAAUUUUUUUCUGGGAGGGGAGAGAAUCUGGUCCAAAAAAUCUGUUGUUUUCACAAAUGUUACAACAAUUUUAUAGUUGAUCAUAAAACCUUCAUACUAUGGCGUGUCCCCAAGGCUGUGUGAAAGUGGUUAUUUGGUGCAGCAGGGUGACACAUAAUCACUGGUCUUUUUACUUCAUAGGAAUCACAUUUCUAAAAUGGUCUGCACUUUAUUUACAUUAUAUAUAUUCUGUGGCGAAUGAGAUGCAUAAACACAUCCACAGCAGUUCAUUGAAAGCACAGCAAGGAAGCGUAAAGACAUGUUGUAAUAUGCAUUUUGAACUUGUCAGUUGGUCUAUGUAAAACCCUGGUAACAGUAUUGUCACCAUGUCACUGCCACAGAGUAAAUCUUUUAGAUGGAGCUGGUGAAUGAAACACUAACCUAGAUACUGUAUGUGCUAUGGCUCUGAUAGCACCCUUGUUACAUGUGAGGGGAAGAAAAAUGUAGCCAUCUUCAGAACCGCAUGGACUAUAGCGAUGAUGCGGUGAGACCUAGGCCAAAACAGUAGUUUCAUUGUACUUUCGCCAAGCAUAGUUUUGGAACCAGGCUACUAUGGAUGUGUCCAUCAUUGUGCUAAUGUUGCUUUUUAGCAUAUGCUAUGCUUUUACUCAAUGGUGGAUAAUGUCAUACUCCUAUCAUGAAUGUGUCACCAUUCUGAGUUUUGUCAAUCUAAGAGGGGGAAAGAAGACAGUAGAUCUGUUAUGUCUGAGGGUUUGAGGCCUGUGUUAUCUGUAAGCCUUGAUAAUAGUGUGACAUUCUACUCGUAUGAACCGUCGUGGAUCUGUCUGUGCAAUAGAAAAUGACUCAUGCUGGUAGUAAACAGAAGCUCACCA